CACCGUUCCGCUCCGGGCUCUCUCUGCUCGUCUCCUUCCUCGCUCCCUCCUCCCUCCCCCACCAUUGCCGUAGCGCCGCCGGUGACCUCCGGUGAGCGGGUGCAGUGAUUAAUUCAGGAUGCGGAUGAGCUGCAACGGCUGCCGCGUGCUGCGCAAGGGGUGCAGCGACACCUGCGCGAUCCGGCCGUGCCUGCAGUGGAUCCGCAGCCCCGACGCGCAGGGCAACGCCACCGUCUUCCUCGCCAAGUUCUACGGCCGCGCCGGCCUCAUCAACCUCAUCACCGCCGGCCCCGAAAACGUCCGACCCGCAAUAUUCCGGUCUCUGCUGUACGAGGCCUGCGGCCGCAUGCUCAACCCGGUCUACGGCUCGGUCGGCCUGCUCUGGUCCGGGAACUGGCAGCUCUGCCAGUCCGCCGUCGAGUCGGUCCUCCGCGGCAUGCCCAUCGCGCAGCCGCCGCCCGCCGCCACGGCCGUCCCGCCUCUCCGGACGUGUGACAUCCGCCACGUCGCCAGGAGGCAAGGACAAGCAGACCAAGGCGCCGUGGCUGCCGCCGCCCUCCACCGGAUGGCCAACAGCUCCCGCGGGCAAUUCAAACGGUCCGGCGCCCACAGGUCGGCAGCAGGUUGCGACUCCGCCAUCGAGCUCGUCUUCUCCCAGCCGUCGGCCGCCAUGCUGGUCGACGUCCGGCAGGCGCAGCCGCUGAACUGGGCGCCGCGCCAGCCCAGCCACGAGUACUCUGGGAGCCAUGACACCGUGCCGGAGACCGAUAGCAACGCCUCGGUGGACACCGUCGAAGUCUCUCAUGUCAGUCAGUCCGAACCGGAGCCACCAAGAGAAAGCGAUGAGCGUGCGGAUGGCCUGGACCUAACGCUAGGUCUAUCGCCGACGGUGCACAAGACAGAGCCGUCAGACUUCGACGACGUACAGCCUUGUCACAGAGGCGAGCCGGUGAAGCUCGGCUUGGCGAUGGCAGAUUCUAGAGUUAGAUGAUGGAGUCAUGUGAUCAAGUGGGGCUUUUGAUUGACAGGAUCGAACUCGCCUUAGUAUGUCUUCAUCCGUAGGAGUCUUUUUUACUUUCUCUAGUUUUGAAAACAUCGUGUAACUACAGUUCUGAGUGCAGACCUUUUUUUUGCCUGUCUGAUGUAUGAUACUCCGUUUUUUUUUCUGUUCUUCCCUUUAUUUAACUUAAGAUGUUUCUGUGA